CCGAGGGGAGGAGGCUCCCGCGCUCGCUGCCGGCCUCUGCCCGCCGUCCAGCGGAGCGGCCCCUCAGCUCGCAGUUUUGCAUCCUUGAAUGUCCCUCUACUUCUUGAAAAUGAAGACAAUGAUUGCAUGCUACUUUCUGCUGUUUGGGCACGUUCUACUUUCCACUGUUGCUGUCAUGGCAAAAGAUCUCCCUGGAGGAUAUUUUACCCGAAAAAGGGAUGUUAACUCUCAAUCUCUACUGGAAAAUACUUGCAACAACAAACGUCUGGACCUUGUCUUCAUCAUUGAUAGCUCUCGCAGUGUACGUCCAUAUGACUUUGAAAAAGUGAAAGAGUUCAUUUUAACAAUCUUGCAGUUCCUGGACAUCAGUCCUGAUGCCACUCGAGUAGGCCUGAUUCAGUAUGGCAGCACUGUCAAACAUGAGUUCUCACUGAAGACGUUCAGAAGGACACAGGAGAUUGAGAGAGCAGUGAGGAGAAUGAUGCACCUGGCGACCGGCACCAUGACCGGCCUGGCUAUCCAGUAUGCUGUGAACAUUGCGUUUUCAGAGUCAGAAGGGGCUCGACCUUUGAACCAAAAUGUGCCUCGCAUUAUCAUGAUAGUGACAGAUGGGAGACCACAGGAUCCGGUGGCAGAAAUUGCUGCUAAAGCUCGCAACUCUGGAAUUCUGAUUUUUGCCAUUGGAGUGGGAAGAGUGGAUAUGAACACACUCAAGUCCAUUGGGAGUGAGCCACACGAAGAGCACAUCUUUCUAGUUGCUAAUUUCAGUCAGAUUGAAACGCUGACCUCCGUCUUCCAGACUAAACUUUGUGUGCCCCAUAUGUGCAGUAUAGCUGAGCAUCGCUGUGAUCAUUUCUGCAUAAAUACCCCAGGCUCCUAUGUAUGCAGAUGUAAACAAGGUUACAUCCUGAACGCUGACCAGAAGACUUGCAGCACUCAAGACCUUUGUGCUGUGGAGAAGCAUAACUGUGAGCAGAUUUGUGUGAACACGCCUGGGUCUUAUGUCUGUCAGUGUUAUGAAGGGUAUGAGCUUGAUGCAGAUGGAAAGAAUUGUGUUGUUGUAGACUACUGUGCUGUGGAUAAUCAAGGUUGCCAACAUGAAUGUGUUAACACGGAGGACUCUUAUUACUGUAGAUGCCACCCAGGCUUCAUUUUAAAUCCAGACAAAAGAACUUGCAGAAGACCAAACUACUGUGCUCUUCAGGACCAUGGCUGUGAACAGGAAUGUGUUAAUACAGAUGAUUCCUAUUUCUGUCGAUGCCAAGAAGGGUUUAGACUUAAUCCAGAUAAGAAAACAUGCAAAAGAGUGGACCACUGUGCAGAAAGCAAUCACGGUUGUGAGCAACUGUGCCUAAAUACGGAUGACUCCUAUGUCUGUCAGUGCUCUGAAGGAUUUGUCAUCAAUGAGGACCUACGAACCUGCACACGAGUUGACUAUUGUGCUCUGAGUGAUCACGGCUGUGAACAUUUGUGUAUAAACGGUGACAAAUCUUACACUUGUCAGUGUUUCGAAGGAUACAGGCUUCGGAAUGAUGGGAAAACAUGUAAACGUAAAAAUGUCUGCAAAUCAGUCAGCCAUGGCUGUGAGCAUGUUUGUGUUAGUACUGACAAUUCUUACAUCUGCAAGUGCCGUGAAGGAUUCAUAUUGAGAGAUGAUGGGAAAACAUGCAGAAGACAGGACAUCUGCAAAUCAAUCAGCCAUGGCUGUGAGCAUAUUUGUGUUAACAAAGAUGACUCUUAUGCUUGUGAGUGUCAUGAAGGUUUCCUAUUGAGAGAAGAUGGGAAAACAUGCAGAAAUAAAGACAUUUGCAGUUCAGUUGACCAUGGCUGUGAACAUGUUUGUGUUAAUGCUGAUGAGUCGUAUGUCUGCCAGUGCUACGAGGGAUUUGCAUUAAGACAAGAUGGAAAAACAUGUAGAAAUAAAGACGUUUGCAAUUCUGUUGACCACGGCUGUGAGCAUGUUUGUGUGAACACUGAUAAUUCAUACAUUUGCCAGUGUUAUGAGGGUUUUGUAUUGAGGGAAGAUGAGAAAACAUGUAAAAGUAAGGAUAUCUGCAAAUCAGUCAAUCAUGGCUGUGAACAUCUUUGUGUUAAUACUGAUGACUCAUAUACUUGCCAAUGCCAUGACGGAUUUGUACUGAGGCAAGAUGGGAAAACAUGCCGAAGCAAGGAUAUUUGCAAAUCAGUCAACCAUGGCUGUGAACAUGCCUGUGUUAAUGCUGGUGAUGAAUUUGUUUGUAAGUGUCGGGAGGGAUUCCUGCUAAGAGAAGAUGGAAAAACAUGCAGAAAUAAAGAUCUUUGCAGGUCAGUCAACCACGGCUGUGAACAUGUUUGUGUUAAUACUGAUGAUUCGUAUAUUUGCAAAUGCCAUGAUGGAUUUCUACUGAGAGAAGAUGGGAAAACCUGCAAAAACAAGGAUAUUUGCAGUUCAGUCAACCAUGGCUGUGAACAAGUUUGUGUGAAUUCAGAAGAAUCCUACAUGUGCAAGUGUCAUGAAAAUUUCAUACUGAAGGAAGAUGGAAAGACAUGUAAAUAUAAAGAUGUUUGCAAGUCAGUUAACCAUGGCUGUGAGCAUAUUUGUGUUAACACUGACGAUUCCUAUAUUUGCAAGUGUCAUGAUGACUUCAUACUGAGGGAAGAUGGGAAAACUUGUAGAAGUAAAAAUAUCUGCAAAACAGUCAACCAUGGUUGUGAACACGUCUGUGUUCCAGCUGGUGAUUCAUACACUUGUCAGUGCCACAAGGGAUUUAUACUGAGGAGAGACAGGAAAACAUGCAGGAAUAAAGACCUGUGUAAGUCCAUUGACCAUGGCUGUGAACAUGUGUGCAUUAAUAAUAACAAUUCAUACAGCUGUCAGUGCCAUGAGGGAUUUGUCCUGCGACAAGAUGGAAAAACAUGUCGAAGCAAAGAUGUCUGUAAAUCAGUUGCCCAUGGUUGUGACCAUAUUUGUGUUAAUAAUGAUGAUUCAUACGUCUGCAAAUGUCAGGAGGGGUAUGUACUAAAAGAGGAUCAGAAAACCUGCAGAAGAUGCACUGAAGGCCCAGUUGAUCUGGUGUUUGUGAUUGAUGGAUCAAAAAGUCUCGGAGAGGAUAAUUUUGAAAUUGUAAAACAAUUCGUCUCAGGAAUAUUAGAUACACUUGAGAUUUCACCCAAAGCUGCUCGAGUUGGUUUGCUUCAGUAUUCCUCUGAAGUCCGCACAGAGUUUACAUUAAGACAGUUUAGCACAGCCAAAGACAUGAAGAAAGCUGUAUCACAAAUGAAAUAUAUGGGGCGAGGCUCCAUGACAGGACUGGCUCUGAAGCAAAUGUUUGAGAGAAGCUUCACAGAAACAGAAGGAGCCAGACCACUGUCAGCAAACAUCCCUCGAAUCUCCAUUGUGUUUACAGACGGACGAGCCCAAGAUGAAGUCUCUGACUGGGCUGCUAGAGCAAAGAGAAGUGGUAUAAUUAUCUAUGCCAUUGGAAUAGGAAAAGCAAUUGAAGAGGAACUGUUGGAAAUUGCUUCUGAGCCAUCAUAUAAACAUCUCUUUUAUGCUGAGGAUUUCACAGCAAUGGAGGACAUAAGCGAAGAGCUGAAAGUUCAGAUCUGUGAAGCCUUGAGAAAUUCAGCUCACCGGCAAGAUCUGUCAUCUGGAAGGCUCCAUAGGACUAAUCCACAGUCAUCAGGACCUGAAUCAACCACAGUAGAAAUCACAGAUGUCCUUGCCUGUCCCAGUCUUGCAAUACAGCAUAAGUAUCUUUUUGAAGACAGUCGCACUCACUCAACAAGAACAACAGCAAAAACUUCAAAAGACCAAUGCAAAUGUGAAAACCUUGUGACGUUCCAGAACUUCGCAACCAACGAAGUAAGACGACUCACGCAGCGAUUGGAAGAAAUGACAAAGAGGAUGGAAGACUUGGAAAACAGACUAAAAUACUGAUCAAAAUUUAAAGCUUAUACUACACUGUGUAUUUAUACAUACAAUGUUGUGAGAGCUAUUUUGUUACACCAGUUCAAAGUAAAAUAACAAAUCCUUGUCUAAAGUUAAAAAGUAUUUUGGAGCCCUGCAUCUAUACCUGUUCUGUCUUGCAUUGACUGCAGAUAAGUUUUGAAAGUUUAUAUAUAAAAACAAUUUAGCAACUAGCAGAAAUCCUCAUUAAGUAGAACUUAACCAAAAGAAGCUAUGCAAAACAUUAAAAUGCUGUUAUUUUUUCAUGUGAAAACUCCACGUUUUGAAGUAUUUUUAAGCUGUGAAUUUAUUUGGCUUGCUUUUCUGUACUUUCCUCCUCCACUCACCGUUGCUAUUUCAAGCAUUCUAUCUGUGUGACUGUGUAUGUAUACACACGCAUAUGUGAAAACAGAACUGCAUUCACAGCAACUAGGUUCCAUACAAUCUUUCCAACACGUGCAGACUGCAGAAAUCAGUUGGAAGUAGAAAUACACAUUUAUACACCUUUGUUGAAUGGUGAUGAAUGUAAAUGAAGUGGGAAAUCUGUUGAGUUACCAGAGCAUCACAGCUGGAAAUUCCAAGUACUGUUUCUCUUGCCAGAUUCAGACACGAUGAUGUUUCCCUCUUCGGUCUUGGUGAGCAUUCAGCAGUUCUUGAACUUCCCAGAAUACAACUGGCAUUUUAAUAUGAAGACAUUCUUUGGGCAAUAAAACCAGCUGCACAUUUGUUCAUCAAAUGCUAAUAUGAAAAUGAAACAGCAAGUUGCUUCCAGCCAUUCUGGAAGUACCUUAAGGCCAACUGAAGUUUUACUUCUGCCCUCGUAACAGCAAAAGCCCUCUUCUUAUAGCUUUAUUUUCCAUGCCCACAACAGUACCUGAACAGUACUGAACUGAUCCAAAUUCGGACCUCAGUAGAUGCAUACUCCAACUAUUCCUUCUUUGCUUCACAUGUGUUUGCUUCUUUACUGUCUCCAACUUGAAAUACACAACCACAUCCAUUCCAUAUCAGAAACAUAGUUGCAGCAAAAUUAGGUUUAAGUGAUUAUGGAUCUGAUGAUCAUGCAUGUGUACAAAGAAGCACCUUGUAUUUUAAUACACUUCAGAAUGCAAGUUCUUCAGGGCUGCUGGUUCAAAUGAUUGUCAUUAAGCAUCCCUUUAACCACAUGUCAGCAAAAUGCAAUAUGCCAUGUAGUGUACAUAGCACUAACAAAUAUCCUCAAAUUGUGGUAAAAAAAAAAAAAAAAAAAAAAAGGCAGAAAUCCAGCAGAUAGCACCAUCCUCCUCAACAGUGACUUGAGAACAUCACCUCAAUCACACUCUACCACAGCACAUUCAGAAAGUUGUUUUUUUUUUUUUAAAAAAAAAAAGGUACUGACUUCAGACCAGUUUGGAGAUGUUCAAUUUGGUAUCUUACUGAAAGUGUAAUGUUGUACAUCACGUCUAGCAGCUAGUUGGUUUGCACGUGACACACAUAUUCUCUUGGAAAGAAGAGACAAGAAGAGUAAUUUGCAUUAAGAGCUUGUGACUAAGUUUAAAAAAAAAAGUGUUAAAAAAUUAAGUGUAAGUAAAUCCUGUGGAGUCUCCCACCAACAUCCCAAAUUUGCCACUACCUCAUUACAACUUGUUUUCCUAUGAGCACUCAAAAGAAAAACCAAAACCUUAAGAAAGCCACAGCCUGUUGGGAUUUGAUACUUACCACGGUCAGGUCUUACUACUGAAGCUCAACUUCUACAGGAGGCAACAAGCAAGUUUUGUCCUGUGAAGGUUACUUCUAACAGAACAAGACAGACAGCAGUGAUAACGAAUCUUCAUUUAUAGUUUGUUCUCUAAUACCAGCAGAAGUAUAAUACAAUACAAAUUUCUCUUAAAACAGAUCUGAAACCAGUUUAUUGUAGAAAGACCACCUUUACAGCAUUUACUUCUCACUGGUUUGUUCUGGCAUGCUUCUAAUGAUGUCAGAGUCACCUGUAAAACAAAAAUACAUUAUUGCAAGAAGAUCCAUUCCCAGAAAUAGGUAAAAUAAAUUCAAGUGACCCUAUAGUCAAAGCACUCAAGCAAUGCAAAGAUAGUUAAUUAGAAAAAAAAGUAAUUUUGAUGACUUAAAAAAUAUUGUAACUGCAUUUUUGCUAAUCCAUGCACAAUAUGCUAAAAUAUGAUAAUUAUGUCACUAGCAUUUCCAAAGCCAGUACUAGAGCAGCAGUCCAGUCCUGGAGGACACAAUGCACAGUUUUAAUAUAGCGAAUGUCUAGCCUCCCCUGAUCACCACAGCAUCAGGACAGCGAGAAUAUUCGCAUGGUACUGCACAGCAGAAAGGCUAAGCUCCACUUCUUUAGCUUACACAUAAGCUUACAGCUACUAUCAGAACACCAACAAGCUAAAUAAAGGUUUCUAAAGAAACAGGGAAUUUAAACUGAUGCUACUUGGACAACAUCUGGGAGUAGCUAAAACAGAAAUCCACGUAUGCAUUUAAUUAGAAUGCUUUUGGUCAAAUUGAACAAUGUAAGAUAAAUCUGAUUCUCGUCAUAAAAUUUUGGAAGAAAGAUAAGAAAUCAUGUACUCAGUAGUUCUCCAGAAUGAGCUUGAACAAUUCUCUGGAACAAAGAGUGCUACCAAGCAACAGUAAUUAUGCACACAUUGAAAAUGUUAACAUUUAAUAUGAUUUUCAACUCUGCACUGGGUAAGUAUCCAUCUGCAUAUAGCUUAUUCCUUCUGUAGAUACAAGACAACUCACAAUCCAGCCAUUUAUUUUACCAAGAUCCUACAUUAACAAAGCUGAACAGUAAAAGGAGCUGUGUGCAAAUGUAAGAAACCGAUUCUUGGACUAACAAAGUAAGAACAGACCUUGGGACUAGUUUAAGGCAAAGGAGACCAACAAAAUAUGACCGUACAUCUGCACCUUACUUGCUAAGCACUGCUACUCACAGGUGAAUGCAAGAACCACUGAUACAUACCCAAUUUGUUCAUUAUAUGGCAGGAGACACGUACCUGGGUCAAUAAUAGCCAGCGUGCACACUCUGUAGUAUUUUCCACAUGCUGUGCCCAAUUCAAUGUUGUUGCCACUGUAAUGAUGGACACCAGUCUUUGCAAGCAUGGCGUAGUAUUCAAUCUCCGAUUUUCUAAGAUUCAAAAACUGGGUAUUAAAGUACUGGCAAACAAUUUGAUUGACUGUACAACAAAAGCAGCUUAAAUUCACAGUUGUACUUCAAUCCAGAAUCUUUCUGCCUAGAAAAACACAUUUAUUUCCUGCCAAGAAUAAAACAG